CUUAUUUUAGCCAUCAAACCGGCGUGCCGCAUUUACACAGCCUGUCAGCUUUCCCACUCAGUAAGGCGAAGAUUAGAUCGUGCCCUGGAGUAAUGCGUAGCCCUGCAUCAUCUUUCCCCUGUCGAGACUGUGCCGCUUCCCCUAUCGUUUAUAGGAUGCGAUUCCCACGAUGACCACAAUCGACGAAGUCUCGAUGUCAUCGGCCAUGGAAGACCACUUCGGACCUCAACAGCCAUGUUAAUAUCAGCUCAGCGAAUGGGUAAUGGAAUUCAUUGGGCUGCCUUUUUUACUACCUGCUUCGUCAUUUAUUAUUUAUCAUGUCGCACAGCAGGAGACUCACGAGACUCAGUUGACCAGAGGCCACGCCUGGUUAAGUUCCAGCAUGAGAAAUACUACUUUGUGGAAACCAAGCACCCCUUUCCAAGCCCGAGACUCGUCCAGUUCUGGGAGGAGCUCCUCUCCGAACUGCUGAGGACAAACCCAAUUUCCCCACCGAUAUCAGAAUACGAACAUGCAAAUAGGUUCGACUUCGACCCAAAGGCAAAACAUCCAGAAGGGCAUGUCUAUCAGUUGCCGGAUCUCAUUGAGCUCCAGGAUGCGGACCGGGACUCGCUCAAGGCAGCACAUAAUGGCUUUGUCUCGAGGAUCAAGGACAUGUCGGCUAGAUUGCCAUUUGAAAGGGGCUCUCGGGGGAUAGUGAUGACCGCAAGGGGCUCGAACAUCGGGAUGGCGGUCACCUCACUACUCAUGUUGCGCCAGACAGGUUCCAGGCUCCCGGUGCAGCUGUUCCUGGAUGAGGCCACCGACAAGAGCCGCCACGUCUGCGAGCAAUUCCAAGGGGAGAUGAAUGUUGAGUGCUUCAGCUUCGACGCAAUCUUCUCUACGACACCCACCAUGCCGGCACUGAGCAGGUUCCAGUUCAAGGUCUUCUCCGUACUCUUCUCUUCUUUCCAGGACAUCCUCUUCCUCGACGCCGACGCCUUCCCAAUCCACGAUCCCGAGUAUCUGUUUCGCAGGAAACCCUAUACCUCGCACGGCCUCGUCACCUGGCCCGACUUCUGGAUGCCGACCGUAUCGCCAGCCCUGUACGACAUCACCAGCACGCCGGCGCCGGCGCUGAGCCGCAGCAGUCGGAGCUCCGAGUCCGGGAUCAUGUUGUACAAUAAAGCGAGGCACGCCGAUAGUCUGCUGCUGGCAACAUACUACAACUUCUACGGCCCGCACUACUACUACCCGCUGCUAUCACAGGGGGCGGACGGCGAGGGAGAUAAAGAGACAUUUCUCCACAGCGCCCUGGUGCUGGGCAACCCAGCCUACAGCGUCCAGACGAACAUAGGCGCCGUGGGUCGAUGGUACAACGGCUCGUUCCAGACGAGUGCGCUGAAGCAGGCGGAUCCGGCCGACGACUGGCGGUUGAGCAACAAUAACAACAACGCCAGAGGCCGCGGCGGAAGACAUAGCCAGCUAUCCCUGCAGGCAGAGGGCGACGACGAGGUCCAUGCGAGGUGCCUGUUCAUCCACCACAACCAGGUCAAGAUCGAUGUCCAGCACAUGGAUGCCACGCUGGGGUCCAUCUUGCGCAAGAACGACGAGGGCCAAUACGUGCGGCUAUGGGGGGACGAGGAGGACUUCACCGAGACGGCCGGCUACGAUGUUGAGAAGGCCAUGUGGAGGGAGGUCCUCAGGGCAACCUGCCAGGCAUCUUUCGUGGAAGAAUGUGCGAGGCUCAGGGAUUACUUCAUCAGUGUGUUCAUCGAUAUGGGUGAAAAGACAAGCUAAAUAUUAUUAAUAGGCGGUAACUAAUUAGGUCUCCUGAGUGGUUUUAGGAGGGGGGGAAAGGGAAUGUCAACAUUGCAUGCGUAGAUGGGGGUUUCUUAUCGCAGGGAACGUUUAAGGGGUCGAGGUCAUGAUAUCAUCGCCCCGAAUAAUAUCAAAGCAUGCUUGUUGGCGUUGGCGUUAGGGGGAGGCGAAUAACAAAGUAAAACCGGGGUAAUCAGCGAUAGAAGAGCUUAAAUCCAUAAUACAUACAUCAAUCAAUCAGAGAUGAAAGAGAUAAAGCUAGAAUCUUCGGCUCUGCUGAUUGAUCAGGAGGUGGGUG